AUGACUGCAAAUUCCGUGCCCAAGGCCAUGGAGGCCUUGUCUAUUUCCAAAACCAAGGAAUUGAAAGGGGUAUGCAAGCCUGAGAUAUCUAUUACUUUGUUGAAAACUUAUUUUGACGAUCCUGCCCGCCAGACCGAAAAGCGAGACUCCUUGAUUGCCGUCGAGAAAAAGUACCAGCAAAAAUGGCAAGACGACAAAGUCUUCGAAGUCGACGCUCCCACGACCGCUGAAGUGCCGCUGCACUCGAUCCCCGCCGCCGAACUGCGAGAGAAGGUUCCCAAGUUCUUCGGAUGCAUGGCCUAUCCGUACAUGAACGGCACUCUGCAUGCUGGCCAUACUUUUUCGGCCAGUAAAGUCGAGUUUGCUGCUGGCGUGGCAAGAAUGCAGGGAAAGCGAGCCCUGUUCCCCAUGGGAUUUCACUGCACUGGUAUGCCUAUCAAGGCCUGCGCCGACAAGCUGAUCAACGAAAUUGGCAAAUUUGGCAAGGACUUUUCUGGAUACAACGAGGAUGCGGAGGCUGCUGAGGAGAAGCCUGCUGCCCCGGCUGCUAAGCAGACCAAGGAGGAUAUCACCAAGUUUACUACCAAUAAGAGCAAGGCAAAUGCCAAGACGGCCAAGAUGAAGUACCAGUUCCAAAUCAUGCAGGCAAUUGGUAUCCCCACCGAGGAGAUCCAUCAGUUUGCCGACCCUCAGCAUUGGCUGAAGUUCUUCCCUCCCCUGGCUAUUCGAGACUUGACUAGCUUUGGCUGCAGAAUCGACUGGCGAAGAUCGUUUAUUACCACGGAUGCUAACCCCUACUAUGAUGCCUUCGUCCGAUGGCAAAUGAACCGCUUGAAAGAGUUGAACAAGAUCAAGUUCGGGAAGAGAUAUACCAUCUACUCUAUCAAGGACGGACAACCUUGCAUGGACCACGACCGCGCCGAAGGAGAGGCGGUUAACCCCCAGGAGUAUACUGCUUUGAAGUUGAAGGUCUUGGAAUGGGCUCCUAAAGCUGCCGAGGCUGUUAAGGGCAAGGUGCCUGAUAACGCUGAAAUCUUUUUGGUUCCUGCCACCUUGAGACCGGAAACCAUGUACGGUCAGACCUGCUGUUUCGUUGGACCCAAGAUCACCUAUGGUAUUUUCAAGGCCGGCGAGAACUCAUACUACGUUGUCACCGACAGAGCUGCUCGCAACAUGGCCUAUCAGGGUAUCUUGGCACAGGAAGGUGUUAUUGAGAAGGCUGGCGAGAUUCAGGGCACUGACAUCGUCGGAACCCUGGUGAACGCACCAUUGUCAUGCCACAAGGAGGGUGUUCGGGUCUUGCCCAUGGAGACAGUUUUGCCAACUAAGGGAACUGGUGUCGUUACCUCUGUGCCUUCAGACAGUCCCGAUGACUUUGCCACCGUGACCGACCUGGCCAAGAAGGCUGAUUACUACGGUAUCAAGAAGGAAUGGGCCGAGUUGGAGAUUUUCCCAAUUAUCGAGACCCCUUCAUAUGGAGACUUGUGUGCCCCUUUCUUGGUCAAGAAGUUGAAGAUUGCUUCUCCCAAGGAUACCAAGCAGCUGGAAGAGGCCAAGGAGCUGGCUUACAAGGAGGGCUUUUACCAGGGUAUCUUGAAGGUCGGUGACUUCAAGGGUGAAAAGGUCGAGACGGCUAAGCCCAAGGUUCGCCAACAGCUAAUUGAUGCCAGGGAGGCCUUUGCCUACUCUGAGCCUGAGCGAAAGGUCGUUUCCCGAUCCGGCGACGACUGUAUUGUUGCUUUGAUGGACCAAUGGUACUUGGACUAUGGUGAGGAGAAAUGGAGGGAGACUGCCUUGAAGUGGGUUGAGAACGCCGAUGGCAAGGGCUUGAACACCUGGACCCAGGAAACCAAGAACAGUUUCGAGGGUGUCUUGAACUGGUUGAAUCAGUGGGCUUGUGCCCGUACCUACGGAUUGGGCUCCAAGCUGCCCUGGGACCCUCAAUUCUUGGUUGAGAGUUUGAGCGAUUCUACGAUUUACAUGGCUUACUACACAGUCUGCCACUGGCUGCACAAGGACUUGUAUGGACGUGAGAAGGGCGUCGGUAAUGUUUCCCCCGACCAGCUGACUGACGAGGUCUGGGACUACCUGUUCUGCCGGCGCGACUUGAGCGAUGAAAUCUUGACCUCAUCCAAGAUUCCCAAGGCAACCCUGGAGAGCAUGCGUCGUGAGUUUGAGUACUUCUACCCCUUGGAUGUGCGAAGCUCUGGAAAGGACUUGAUUCCCAACCACUUGACGUUCUUCUUGUACAUCCACUUGGCUAUCUUCCCGCCCGAGUACUGGCCUCGAGGUAUCCGAGCCAAUGGCCACUUGAUGUUGAACGGAGAAAAGAUGGCCAAGAGUACCGGUAACUUCAUGACCCUGCGCGACUUGGUCGAGAAGUACGGAGCCGACGCUUCUCGUAUCGCCAUAGCCGACGCCGGUGACGGUGUUAGUGACGCCAAUUUCGAAGAAGACGUUGCCGACAACAACAUCCUGCGUCUGUUCAACUUGCGUGAGUGGUGUGAGGAAAUGGUCCGCGAGCAGGCCGACUUGCGCACUGGAGAAACCAAUAACUUCCAGGAUGCACUGUUCCAAAACGAAAUGAACGGCGUUGCCCAAGAAGCCAUCGACCAGUACGCCCAAACCAACUACAAGUUGGCCCUGAAGGCCGCUCUCUACGAGUUGACCAGCGCCCGUGACUUCUACCGCGAGGCCUGCGCUGCUGGCGGCAUCAAGAUGCACAAGGACCUGGUCUUCAAGUACAUCGAGGUUCAAGCCCUGCUGAUGGCCGUCAUUGCACCCCACUGGUCCGAACACAUCUGGCUGGAGGUCUUGAAGAAACCCACGACCAUCCAAAACGCUACCUUCCCCAGCGUUCCUCCCGUCGAUCCCGCCCUGUCCGCUAAGCGAGACUACGUCCGUAACACAGCUUCCAACAUCAACUCGGCAGAAGGCCAGCAGCUGAAGAAGAAGGCCAAGGGCAAGGAGACGUCCUUUGACCCCAAGCAGCCCAAGAAGCUGACAAUUUACAUGUCGGACAAGUUCCCCGCCUGGCAAGCCAAAUACAUUGCCUUGCUGAAGGAAAUGUGGGAUCCAGCCACCAACUCCGUCAACGACAAGGAACUGAACGGCAAAAUCGCCAAGAUGGGCGAAAUGAAGAAGGCCAUGCCCUUUGCUCAGACCCUGAAGAAGCGUCUGCAGGCAGGGGAGUCGCCUAGCGUGGUCUUGGAGCAGAAGCUGGCCUUUGACGAGAAGGAGACGAUGGCACAGAUGCUGCCGGGCCUGAAGAAGACUGCUGGUCUGGUGGCAUGUGAUGUGUUGGUCGUGGAGGAAGGGGGCAAGAAGGGUGUGAACUUGGUUGAUGGCAAGGAGGUUGAUAUUACGGUGUUGAUUGCUGAGAAUGCUGUGCCGGGGGUGCCUACCUUCUUUUUUGAGAAUGUAAAUGCCUGA